AUGCAGCAAGUUGCAGAUGGAGGUGGGAAGCUCGGUGAUAGAAUAGCCGCUCACGGACAACACUCUCAGGCUGUUGAGCUUUGGCACCAACUCCACCAGAAUACGGUUAGACAGGUAGAAUGGGGGCCAGACGGGAGCAACAACAGGCAUAGGCAGAAAUGUCCUCAAGCCCUGGACCUGAUAGAAAGUGUGGAAUUUCUGGAGAACCUCGUACUCAUGGCGCAGGAAGGAGCCGUGGCGGGCCUUCUCAGGCACGUGGUACUCCUGACUAGUGUCCAUCUUCUCGUCCAGCCG